GUUGGCGGUUGUCAUAGAAACCGAAGACGUGCGGGAGCAUGGCGGGGCCGACUGGCCUCCUUCGGCUCUUUCAAGUAUGGCUCCAGCCCCAAGGUGACGAGCAGCACUCGCCAGCCAGAGGUUUCAGAAGGAACGAAGAGAUGAAGGCUAUGGAGGUGCUGCCAAUCCUGAAAGAGAAAGUGGCCUACCUGUCAGGGGGCCGAGACAGACGCGGGGGCCCGGUGCUCACGUUCCCCUCACGCACCAACCACGACCGAAUACGGCAGGAGGACCUGCGCCGCCUCAUCGCCUACCUCGCCGGCAUCCCUAGCGAGGAUGUGUGUAAACAUGGCUUCACGGUCAUCGUGGACAUGCGCGGCUCCAAGUGGGACUCCAUCAAGCCGCUGCUGAAGAUCCUGCAGGAGUCCUUCCCCAGCUGCAUCCACGUCGCCCUCAUCAUCAAGCCCGACAACUUCUGGCAGAAGCAGAGGACCAAUUUCGGCAGCUCCAAGUUCGAGUUUGAGACCACCAUGGUGUCCCUGGAGGGCCUCUCCAAGGUGGUGGACCCGUCGCAGCUGACGGCCGACUUCGAGGGCAGCCUGGACUACAACCAUGAAGAGUGGAUCGAGAUCCGCGUGGCCUUCGAGGACUUCACGGGCAACGCGCGCCACCUGCUGGCCAAGCUGGAGGAGAUGCAGGAGACGGUGACGCGCAAGGACUUCCCCGCCGACCUGGAAGGCGCGCGGCGCCUCAUCGAGGAGCACGCCGCGCUCAAGAAGAAGGUCAUGAAGGCGCCCGUAGAGGAAGUGGACGCCGAGGGCCAGCGGCUGCUCCAACGCAUCCAGAGCGGUGACGGCAGCUACGCCCAGCGCAGCGUGCCCGCCUCCGCCGGACAGGGCAUGGGCGGGCAGGGUGGAGGUGGUCAAGGAGGAGGAGGAGGAGGAGGGAGCGGUCAGGGCGGCGGGUCGUCGAAUGCGGACACUCAGGGGCUGGUGCCGCGGGUGUCGGCGCUGCUGGACAAGCUGCACAGCACACGGCAGCACCUGCACCAGGCCUGGCAUGUGCGCAAACUGCAGCUGGACCAGUGCUUCCAGCUGCGCCUGUUCGAGCAGGACGCCGAGAAGAUGUUUGACUGGAUCAUGCACAACAAAGGCCUGUUCCUGGCGGGCUACACCGAGAUUGGCAACAACCACGCCCACGCCAUGGAGCUCCAGACGCAGCACAACCACUUCGCCAUGAACUGCAUGAAUGUGUAUGUGAACAUCAACCGCAUCAUGUCGGUGGGCAACCGGCUGCUGGAGUCGGGCCACUACGCCUCGCAGCAGAUCAAGCAGAUCUCAGGCCAGCUGGAGCAGGAGUGGAAGGCCUUCGCCGCCGCGCUGGACGAGCGCAGCACCCUGCUCGAGAUGUCCGCCUCCUUCCACCAGAAGUGUGACCAGUACAUGAGUAAUGUGGACUCGUGGUGUAAGGCCUGUGGAGAGAUGGAGCUGCCCUCAGAGCUACAGGACCUCGAGGACGCCAUCCACCACCACCAGGGUCUUUACGAACACAUCACUGCAGCAUACUCAGAGGUGAGUCAAGACGGAAAAGCCCUGUUGGACAAGCUGCAGAGACCCCUGACCCCCGGCAGUGCUGAUUCGCUGACGGCCUCGGCCAACUACUCGAAGGCGGUGCACCACGUGCUGGACGUGAUCCACGAGGUGCUGCACCACCAGCGGCAGCUGGAGAACAUCUGGCAGCACCGCAAGGUCCGCCUUCACCAGCGCCUGCAGCUGUGUGUGUUCCAACAGGACGUGCAGCAGGUGCUAGACUGGAUCGAGAACCAUGGCGAGGCGUUCCUCAGUAAGCACACAGGCGUGGGGAAGUCACUGCACCGAGCCCGAGCCCUCCAGAAACGCCACGAGGACUUUGAGGAAGUGGCUCAGAACACGUACACUAACGCGGAUAAGCUGCUGGAGGCGGCGGAGCAGCUGGCCCAGACGGGCGAGUGCGACCCGGAGGAGAUCUACCAGGCCGCCCACCAGCUGGAGGACCGCAUCCAGGACUUUGUGCGGCGCGUGGAGCAGCGCAAGGUCUUGCUCGACAUGUCCGUCGCCUUCCACACACACGUCAAAGAGCUGUGGACGUGGCUGGAGGAGCUACAGAAGGAGCUGUUGGACGACGUGUACGCCGAGUCGGUGGAGGCCGUGCAGGACCUGAUCAAGCGCUUCGGCCAGCAGCAGCAGACUACGCUGCAGGUCACCGUCAACGUCAUCACGGAGGGACAGGACCUCAUCCAGCAGCUGAGGGACUCUGCCAUCUCCAGUAACAAGACCCCUCACAACAGCUCCAUCAACCACAUCGAGAGCGUGCUGCAGCAGCUGGAUGAGGCGCAGUCCCAGAUGGAGGAGAUCUUCCAGGAGAGGAAGAUCAAGCUGGAGCUCUUCCUGCAGCUGCGCAUCUUUGAGCGCGAUGCCAUCGACAUCAUCUCGGACCUGGAGUCGUGGAACGAGGAGCUGUCGCAGCAGAUGAGCGACUUCGACACGGAGGACCUGACGCUGGCAGAGCAGCGGCUCCAGCACCACGCCGACAAGGCCCUGACCAUGAACAACCUGACCUUCGACGUCAUCCACCAGGGCCAGGAGCUGCUGCAGUACGUCAACGAGGUGCAGGCCUCCGGAGUGGAGUUGUUGUGUGACCGUGAUGUGGACAUGGCCACACGUGUGCAGGACCUGCUGGAGUUCCUGCACGAGAAGCAGCAGGAGCUGGACGUGGCGGCCGAGCAGCACCGCCGACACCUGGAGCAGUGUGUGCAACUACGCCACCUACAGGCCGAGGUCAAACAGGUCCUGGGCUGGAUUAGGAACGGCGAGUCGAUGCUGAACGCGGGACUCAUCACGGCGAGCUCUCUGCAGGAGGCCGAGCAGCUGCAGCGAGAGCACGAGCAGUUCCAGCACGCCAUCGAGAAGACGCACCAGAGUGCGCUGCAGGUGCAGCAGAAGGCGGAGGCGCUGCUGCAGGCCAACCACUACGACAUGGACAUGAUCCGCGACUGCGCCGAGAACGUGGCCUCACACUGGCAGCAGCUCAUGCUCAAGAUGGAGGACCGCCUCAAACUGGUCAACGCCUCUGUGGCCUUCUACAAGACCUCCGAGCAGGUGUGCAGUGUGCUGGAGAGUCUGGAGCAGGAGUACAAGCGUGAGGAGGACUGGUGCGGCGGUGCCGACAAGCUGGGGCCCAACUGUGAGACGGACCACGUCACCCCCAUGAUCAGCAAACACCUGGAGCAGAAGGAGGCCUUCCUCAAGGCGUGCACACUGGCCAGACGUAACGCGGACGUGUUCCUCAAGUACAUGCACAGGAACAGUGUCAACAUGCCGGGCCUGCUGAGUCACGUCAAAGCGCCCGAGCAGCAGGUCAAAAACAUCCUGAAUGAGCUGCUGCAGAGAGAGAACCGGGUUCUUCACUUCUGGACGAUGAGGAAGAGGAGGCUGGACCAGUGUCAGCAGUAUGUGGUGUUUGAACGCAGCGCCAAGCAGGCCUUGGAAUGGAUUCACGACACGGGCGAGUUCUACCUGUCCACACACACCUCGACUGGCUCCAGUAUUCACCACACACAGGAACUACUGAAGGAACACGAGGACUUCCACAUCACAGCCAAGCAAACCAAAGAGCGGGUCAAGCUGCUGAUACAGCUGGCCGAUGGCUUCUGCGAUAAGGGCCACGCACACGCGGCCGAGAUCAAGAAGUGGGUGACGGCGGUGGACAAGCGCUACCGGGACUUCUCGCUGCGCAUGGACAAGUACCGCACGUCCCUGGAGAAGGCCCUUGGCAUCUCAUCCGACUCCAACAAGGCCAGUAAAGACCUGCAGCUGGACAUCAUCCCCGCCAGUGCUCCAGGGUCAGAGGUCAAGCUGAGGGACGCUGCCCACGAGCUCAACGAGGAGAAGCGCAAGUCGGCCCGCAGGAAGGAGUUUAUCAUGGCUGAACUGAUUCAGACAGAGAAGGCCUAUGUCAGAGACUUGAGAGAAUGCAUGGAUACGUACCUGUGGGAGAUGACCAGUGGCGUUGAGGAGAUCCCACCAGGAAUUGUCAACAAAGAGCACAUCAUCUUCGGCAACAUGCAGGACCUCUACGAGUUCCACCACAAUAUAUUCCUCAAAGAGCUUGAGAAAUAUGAGCAGCUUCCUGAAGAUGUGGGCCAUUGCUUUGUAACCUGGGCGGACAAGUUCCAGAUGUACGUGAACUACUGCAAGAACAAGCCAGACUCCACACAGCUGAUCCUAGAGCACGCUGGACCUUACUUUGACGAGAUUCAACAGAGGCAUCGGCUGGCCAAUUCCAUCUCUUCAUAUCUGAUCAAGCCUGUGCAGAGAAUCACCAAGUACCAGCUCCUGUUAAAGGAGCUGCUGACCUGCUGUGAAGAGGGUAAGGGUGAAAUCAAAGAUGGCCUGGAGGUCAUGCUCAGCGUGCCAAAGAAGGCCAACGAUGCCAUGCACCUCAGCAUGCUGGAGGGCUUCGAUGAGAACAUCGAGUCCCAGGGCGAGCUGAUCCUGCAGGAGAGCUUCCAGGUGUGGGACCCCAAGACCCUGAUCCGCAAGGGUCGCGAGCGCCACCUCUUCCUCUUCGAGAUGUCGCUGGUCUUCAGCAAGGAGGUCAAAGACUCCAACGGCCGCAGCAAGUACAUCUACAAGAGCAAGCUGUUUACGUCGGAGCUUGGCGUGACUGAACACGUGGAGGGGGACCCCUGCAAGUUUGCCCUGUGGGUGGGCCGCACCCCCACCUCCGACAACAAGAUUGUGCUCAAGGCCUCCAGCAUCGAGAACAAGCAGGACUGGAUCAAGCACAUCCGCGAGGUGAUCCAGGAGCGCACGGUUCACCUGAAGGGGGCGCUCAAGGAGCCCAUCCACAUCCCCAAACCCUCCACGGCCAAACACAAGGGCCGCAGAGAUGGAGAGGACCUGGACAGCCAGGGUGACGGCAGCAGCCAGCCUGACACCAUCUCUCUGGCCUCACGCACCUCCCAGAACACCCUGGACAGCGACAAGCUGUCCGGUGGCUGUGAGCUGACCGUGGUCAUCCACGACUUCCUGGCGGGCAACAGCAACGAGCUGACGGUGCGGCGGGGCCAGACGGUGGAGGUGCUGGAGCGGCUGCACGACAAGCCCGACUGGUGCCUGGUGCGCACCACUGACCGCUCGCCCGCCCAGGAGGGCCUGGUGCCCUGCAGCACGCUCUGUAUCGCCCACUCCCGCAGCAGCAUGGAGAUGGAGGGCAUCUUCAACCACAAAGACACGCUGUCGGUGUGCAGUAACGACUCCCUGCUGCCCGGAUCGUCGGCCACGUUGCAGCCCGGCCACGGCAUGGGCUCGCAGAGCUCGCCGGGGCCAAAGCGACCCGGCAACACGCUGCGCAAGUGGCUGACCAGCCCGGUGCGGCGGCUGAGCAGCGGCAAGGCGGACGGCCACGUCAAGAAGCUGGCGCAAAAGGGCAAGAAGAACCGCGAGGGGCGCAAGAGCGCCGACGCCGGCUCCCAGAAGGACUCGGACGACAGCGCCGCCACGCCCCAGGACGAGACCAUCGAGGAGAGGGUGCGUAACGAAGGCCUGAGCAGCGGCACCCUCUCAAAGUCCUCCUCGUCGGGCAUGCAGAGCUGCGGGGAGGAGGAGGGCGAGGAGGGGCCAGACUCGGUGCCCUGCCCCCCACCCAUGGCCAUCCAGCAGCACAGCCUCCUGCAGCCUGACUCCCAGGACGACAAGACAUCCUCACGUCUGUCCGUGCGUCCCUCCAGCUCGGAGACUCCCAGUGCUGCUGAACUGGUCAGUGCCAUCGAGGAGCUGGUCAAGAGCAAGAUGGCUCUGGAGGACCGGCCCAGCUCUCUGUCGGUGGAGCAGGGCGACAGCAGCAGCCCCUCGUUCAACCCGUCCGACAACUCGCUCCUCUCCUCCUCCUCCCCCAUCGACGAGAUGGAGGAGCGCAAGACCGGCUUCUUCAAGAAGCGCCAUUAUGUCUUAAUGGAGCUGGUGGAGACUGAGAGGGACUAUGUGAGGGAUCUGGGCUUAGUUGUGGAGGGCUACAUGGCCAGGAUGAAGGAGGACGGCGUCCCUGACGACAUGAAGGGGAAGGACAAGAUCGUCUUCGGCAACAUCCACCAGAUCUACGACUGGCACAAAGACUUCUUUUUGGGAGAAUUGGAGAAGUGCCUUGAAGACCCUGACCGACUGGGCUCUCUGUUCGUGAAACACGAGCGGAGACUGCACAUGUACAUUGUCUACUGCCAAAACAAACCCAAAUCGGAGCACAUUGUCUCUGAGUACAUCGACACCUUCUUUGAGGACCUGAAGCAGCGCUUGGGCCACAGGUUACAGAUCACUGACCUCCUCAUCAAGCCUGUGCAGAGAAUUAUGAAGUACCAGCUUCUGUUGAAGGAUAUAUUCAAGUUCUCCAAAAAAGCUGGAAUGGACUCUCUGGAUUUGGAGAAAGCAGUAGAGGUCAUGUGCAUUGUACCAAAAAGAUGCAAUGAUAUGAUGAAUGUUGGACGACUCCAAGGAUUUGACGGGAAGAUUGUAGCCCAGGGCCGUCUCCUCCUUCAGGACACGUUCCUGGUGUCUGACCCUGACGGAGGUCUCCUGUCCAGGAUGAGGGAGAGGAGGGUCUUCCUCUUCGAGCAGAUUGUCAUCUUCAGCGAGCCCCUGGACAAGAAGAGGGGCUUCUCCAUGCCCGGCUUCCUCUACAAGAACAGCAUCAAGGUGAGCUGUCUAGGCCUGGAGGACAGUACAGACGGUGACCCCUGCAAAUUCGUGCUGACCUCACGGACAGCCAGCGGCAGCACAGAGUCCUUUAUCCUGCACUCGUCUCACCCAGGGGUCAGGCAGGUCUGGUCCCUCCAGAUCGGUCAGAUCCUGGAGAGCCAGCGCAACUUCCUCAAUGCGCUUACCUCUCCCAUAGAGUACCAGAGGAACCACAUUGGAGGGGGAGCUCCCGGCCCUAGUGGCCCCAGCAGCAACAGCCAGGCAGGGGGCAGCGGUGGGCUGAGCAUGGCCCCCGGUUGUGGAGGAGCCGGCGGGGGAGGCGUAGGAGGGGUCAUCUCCGCCGGGUCGGGCUCCCGCUCCCGGCCCUCGCGGAUCCCCCAGCCGUCGCGCCUCCCCCAGCCCCUUCGCCACCACUCCCCCGCCAUGGGCCCCGGAGGAGGAGACCCCGACGGGCCCGACAAAAUAUCAGGUACGUCCUCGCGCCCGGUCGCCGCGGGUAUCCCCACGCUCUCCUCCCAAUCCUCCUCCACCGCCCCAGCCAUUGACCCAGAGCACAGCCGCGAGGUCCGGACGAGGAUGCAGGACAGUCCUCGCUCCCGACGGCCCGACAGCGGCCCCGAGGAGGUCCCGGUCGAGCCUCCCCCAACUCCCCCAGUGGUCCCCGUGGCCCCUCGCACUGCCACGAGUCCGAUAGCGAUGGUUAAGCCCCGGCCAGGGGCCCUGUCGCCAUUGGCGCCCCAGCUGGCCUCCCCUUCCUUCGGGAAGGACGGCCUCCCGCCCUGCAGCCCUGUCCAGAAGGCGGCCGCCACGCCCGGCGCCGGCAGCUCCACGGGCUCCUUCUGGAGCUCCAUCCCGGCCUCUCCCGCUAGCCGGCCCGGCUCCUUCACCUUCCCCGCGGAGGCCUGUGACACGCUGGGCCGGCCGAACCAAAACCAGAACCAGAACCAGAGCCAGAGCCACCGGCACUCCACCCACAGCAAGGACGCUGACCGCAUGAGCACCUGCUCCUCGGCCAGCGAGCAGUCCGUGCACUCCAUCCAGAGCAACGGGAGUGAAAGCAGCAGCAGCAGCAACAUCUCCACCAUGCUAGUGACGCAGGACUAUGUGGCUCUGAAAGAGGAUGAGAUCAGCGUGAGCCAGGGCGAGGUGGUGCAGAUCCUGGCCAGCAACCAGCAGAACAUGUUCUUAGUGUUCCGCGCCGCCACCCAGCUGUGUCCCGCCGCCGAGGGCUGGAUCCCCGGACACGUGCUGGGCCACACCUCCACCAUCACCCCCGACAACACCGAGGGAACCAUCAAGAAAUCAUCAUCAUGGCACACGUCCCUCCGCAUCCGCAAGAAGUCGGAGAAACGAGAGAAAGAAGGCAAGAAGGACAACAAGCUGGAAAACGGCUACAGGAAGUCCAGAGAGGGCUUACCAGUCAAGGUUUCUGUAAAGCUUCUAAAUCCAAACUAUAUCUACGAUGUUCCACCAGAGUUCCUAGUGCCUCUGAGCGACGUCACCUGUGACAAAGGCGAGUGUGUGACGCUCAGGUGUAAGGUGUGCGGCCGGCCCAAAGCCACAGUCACCUGGAAGGGACCGGACCAAAACACACUUACCAACAACGGCCACUUCAGCAUUGCCUACAGUGACACCGGUGAGGCCACACUGCGUAUUGUGGGCGUUGCUGCGGACGAUGAUGGUGUCUACACCUGCAUCGCCACUAACGACCUAGGCAGCGUGACCUCAUCAGCCAGCCUACGAGUACUAGGGACGACCAGUGAUGGACUAAGGGUCCUGUGGAAGGACAACUACGAGUCCACUUUCACUGAGGUGGCAGAACUUGGGAGGGGGCGCUUUGCCGUGGUCAAGCGCUGUGACCAGCGCGGCUCCAAGCGCACCGUGGCAGUCAAGCUGGUCAACAAGAAGCUGAUGAAGCGUGACCAGGUGACCCAGGAGCUGAGUGCCCUGCAGCGUCUCCAGCACCCCCACAUCGUCUGCCUGCUGGACACCUACGAGACCUCCAGCAGCUACGCACUAGUCCUGGAGAUGGCCGAUCAAGGGCGUCUCCUUGACUACAUCGUGAGCUGGGGGAACCUCACGGAAGAGAAGGUGGCCUUCUACCUACGGGACAUUCUAGAAGCUUUACACUACCUGCACAACUGCAGGAUAGCCCACCUGGAUUUGAAGCCUGAAAACCUUCUGGUGGACCAGUGCUCAUCGCAGCCCACGGUGAAGCUGACCGACUUUGGUGACGCCGUGCAGCUGAACUCGGCCCACUACGUGCACCCGCUGCUGGGCAGCCCGGAGUUCGCCGCCCCCGAGCUGGUCCUGGGGGAGCCAGCGGCGCUGGCCUCGGACCUGUGGAGCCUGGGCGUGGUGACGUACGUGGUGCUGAGUGGCGCCUCGCCCUUCCUGGACGAGAGCGUGGAGGAGACGUGCCUCAACAUCUGCCGGCUGGACUUCAGCUUCCCCGAGGACUACUUCCAGGGCGUGAGCCAGGCGGCGCGCGACUUCGUCUGCUUGCUGCUACGCGCCGAGCCCUGCAAACGUCCGCCCGCUGCCGCCUGCCUCCAGGACCCCUGGCUGCAGCCCGUCACAGGUGGCCGCGCGGCCGAGUGCCUGGACACAUCUCGCCUCAUCUCGUUCAUCGACCGACGCAAGCACCAGAACGACCUCCGACCCCUCGGCGGCAUACGGGCCUUCCUGCACAGUAGACUCCAACCCAGGAUAUGAAAUGAUCGCCAUGAUGGAGUAACAAAUAAACAAACAACAUGAAUUUGGGUGGGGGGGGGUUGGGACAUCAAAUUUGGCCACAAUUGAAGAAGAAGAAAAGAAAAAGAAUGAUCUCAUCCUCUUUCAGCUGCCAAUCGUAAUAAUGUUUUCAGAGGAAGCCUGCGUUCCUCCGUCAAUCAGAACCAAUCAGAGCCUCAGAGAAUGCUAAUAUUGCUGUUCUCAGCCAAUCAAAAAACAAGAAAGAAAAAAAAAAAACUCAAGGAUCAAUAGUCCUGUCUCAGUCCUACGCUGCUGGCUGUUUUUAAACUCACUUGAUUUGUAGAAUGAACAUGAUCGGAAUUCGGACGAGUUAGUUUGAUCAUCCGAUAAUAACUUUCGCCGAGAUUCACCGAACAACAGUGCCACACGAGAUGGACUUGAAUCGACGUGUGGAAAACAGGAGACGAAAAACCCUGCACAAACAUGGUGGAGCUAUCCUGCGGGGGAAGGCUUCACCAGUUCAAACUAACGUGGAGAACAAAAUGGUUUUUAUCAAUUUUUUUUUUUUUUUUUUUGUCCUUUGCCUGAGCCACAGAGAGCAAGCAGUCCUGCUUUGCGCUUUUACAGUAUUCAACUUGAAAACAUUUGAGCAAAAGCGAAAAAAGAUGAAAGAAAUGCCCUUUCAUAAAGAGACAAUGUAUAGGAGAAAAAGAUCAAAAUAACAUAAAGAAACUUCCACGCCUUUUCCAAACUACAUUUGAAUACACUGAAAGCAAAUAAAAGCGAAUACAUAUAUAUAUAUAUACAUAUAUGUAUGUAUGUAUAUAUAUGUAUAUAUAUGUACAUAUAUGUAUGUUCUCAAACAGUACAAUUUGAAAAUAUGCCCUCUGAUCAAAGAUGGAUAUUUGGGGAGACUCGCAAUGCCAAACUCCCAAGAAUGACACUCGGAUAUCAUUACAUGUUUUUUAAGCCCAAUCAAAGUGUUUUUUGAUUGCCUCGCAUCAUUAGUUCUGAAAUCUUAUCAGAUCGUGACGAUCACUCCACAUUUAACAGAUUUUAAACUGCUGCAAGUCAAACCUCUCACACGUUAAAAAGAAAGAGUAACAAUUAAUUUUUUUCGCUUUGACUAGAACAUUUUGUGUUGCGCAAAUUUAAGAUGUAUAAGCCUUACUUUGUACAUAGACUGUUGUCUGGCCUGUGUCCUUUUCAUUUGAAAAAUGGUGUCCUGCCACAAAGAGGGUCCUGUAGGCAGGAGAAAGAAUCCUGCAGGCGAAUGAGAUGACCAUGGAGCAGGUGAGCUGCUGAGUGGCAGCCAAGAGAGCCAAUCAGAAGCAAGAAUGGCGAAAGGAAAAAAAGGAGGAAGACAGGAAAUCUGUAAAUGCACUCACAUUGUAUGUUAUGUUUUUCGAUUCUUAUCAUGUGCAAUGUUGCGGCUUUAACAGUUUAUGCAACUAUUUAUGAAGACAUCUGUUGUAUCUGUAAUAAAUAUAUAGAAAAGCAUGUACUUGGUACUGCAAGUUCUGCUGUUUAGUGGUGUUUUAUUUAAUCUUUUUUUUUUUAUUAUUGUUAUUAUUUAGUCGAGUAUUACUUUCCCUGUCAUUUCACAGGGUCAUGUUUGUCUACAUGGCACUUAUGCUUCUGUCUGACACUUUUUUUUAACAUAGAUUAUUGGCAUACCAAAGCCCUCCCAGCUUUACUAUGAUUUACCAUUUUGUUCCUCCUCGCGCAUUUCACUGCAUUAAGUUAUAUAUUAAAAUGCCGUUAAAAGGUGUGUUUACAUGUGUUUCUAUCAUAGCUUUAUUUUAUUCCUUUUAUUGAAGAAACUCCAACUUUAAGCCAGUUGCCCACGUGAUAGGCUAACCUGUUCUUAUUCAAGUUGAGUUCUCUGCACAUCAUUUGGGAGGGGUUGGCGUAAGAGGUAGGGGAGGGGGUGUUGGGCCAAAUAAUGUUCCCCGCUGAAUCGGAUAAUAUUGUCAGAUUUUGUUUCUGACAGUUGGAGACGUCUUUUGAUGGCAAAACAUAGGCAUGAAUGUGAUGCCUUUUGAAAUUAUUUAUGUAAUUGUCUUGCUUCAUACUAUUUGUUUUUAAUACCAGUAUUUUGUUCAAUAUUUUUUGUUUUGUUUUCUUGUCUAACAGCCUUGCAGUAAGGGCUUGCCGUCGUCGGUGGUAACCAUAGCUAGAACCCCGCCACUGGUAGGAUUUGUUUUCCGAAAAAAAGAAAAGAAAUAUUACAGUAACACACACUCGCACUGAUAAGAGAUUCUUGCGUAGGACACAGUGGUCAACCUGCAUAGUAAGCUGCUACAGUCAUAUCUGUAUGAACGAGAAGUCAUUUUGUCCCAUGUCCGUCGGCUCGUUCUCAAGAGCGAAGCUCGGCAGAAUGUUUUCUCUUUUUUUUGCAUUAUGUUUGGCAGUGGAGAGAUUCAUGUCUUUCCAUAGAGGAAGGAGUGUAAACAUGGAGUCAUCUGUACAGUCCCAUAUCAUGUCCUCUUAAUUUAUUCAUUGUUGUAAAGUUGUACAGAAGCGGUUAAAACAUGGGAACUCGGACUGGAUGCAUUUUUUUUUUUUUUUGCUUGUAUUAGCUGUUUUUGUUUAAAUUUUUGGUUUCUCUCUUAGUUCCGAUCUCAUUGUAUUUUAUAUGUAUGUAUUAUUGUUUUCAUUUCCAACAGAUUUCAGUUAUUUUAUACUUUUGCAUGUAUAUUUCUUUGUACAGAUGCCAUAAGUGUUUACGCGACUUGUGCUGUAAAUAUUUUCCGUUUUGCCAUUUUGUUUCUUUUUGAAAUUAAACAUCCAGAACAUUU